UCCUCGUGAUGCUUUGCGCGCGGCCGGACGUACGUCAUCGGAACCUUCAGCUGUCAGACUUUGGCCACCCUGCAGGUUUUGUUAGCAAACUAACGCGAACUCUGCGACUUUAUUUAAAGUUGUGCAUUCGUCUGCUAACCGAUUUUGGAUCUUAAAAGCUGGCGAUUGAAGCGCAAAGCUUGCACGAAGACGAGGCGACUCGUUUUUAAUCGCUGCUAGCUCUUGCAACACAAGCCAGCGAUAUACUGAGCGGGUGUAAGAGUAAAUGCAGGGAGGGAGGGAGUAAAAAAAAAAAAAAAAAAAAAAAAAGGCAAAAGUCUUUGUGCUUCCCUUCCCCCUCAUCAAAGCGAAGGGGAAAUGUCUCUGUCCAAAGGAGGGAGGAAGAAAAGCCAUGGGCUGAAGCUGGCCAAAGAAGUUUUUGCAACGCCACCACCAGAAGUAACAGCGCCCCCUCGAGCUCUUGACUCUAUAACUUGUGUCAAAAUUGGAGAUAAGAACUUUGUCGUGAAGGCAGAUGACUUGGAGCAGAUUGAAGAGCUGGGGAGGGGAGCAUAUGGUGUGGUGGACAAGAUGAAACAUGUGCCCAGUGGUGUUAUCAUGGCUGUCAAGAGGAUCCGUGCCACAGUCAACACUCUGGAGCAGAAGAGGCUGCUGAUGGACCUGGACAUUUCCAUGAGGACCGUGGACUGCUUCUUCACUGUGACUUUCUAUGGCGCCCUAUUCAGAGAGGGUGAUGUUUGGAUCUGCAUGGAACUGAUGGACACAUCUUUGGAUAAGUUCUAUAAGAAAGUUAUUGAGAAGGGCAGAACUAUUCCCGAGGACAUCUUGGGCAAGAUCACGGUAGCAAUUGUAAAGGCAUUAGAACAUCUGCACCGUAACCUGUCAGUGAUACACAGAGAUGUAAAGCCCUCCAAUGUUUUGAUCAACACCUUGGGCCAAGUGAAGAUGUGCGACUUUGGCAUUAGUGGCCACCUGGUGGAUUCAGUGGCUAAAACGAUGGAUGCAGGCUGCAAGCCCUACAUGGCGCCUGAGCGGAUCAACCCUGACCUCAACCAGAAAGGCUACAGUGUCAAGUCGGACAUAUGGAGCCUCGGUAUCACAAUGAUUGAACUGGCCAUUUUGAAAUUUCCCUACGAGUCAUGGGGAACUCCCUUCCAACAGCUCAAACAGGUGGUGGAUGAACCUUCUCCACAGUUGCCUGCUGACCGUUUCUCCCCAGAGUUUGUAGAUUUCAUCUCUCAGUGCUUAAGAAAGAAGCCCAAUGAACGACCGGCUUAUACAGAAUUGAUGAAACAUCCAUUUUUCACCCUGCAUGACUCCAAAGAGACAGACGUGGCCAGUUUCGUCAAGGUCAUCCUGGAUGACUGAUGUGGUCACUCCAGGCUCCGCCUCAUCGGGGAUAGGCAGGACCUCUCAGCAAACGAACCUAUGGCCUACCUUUUUGUGAAAACUCACUGGAAUGACAGACUCAUGCACCCACACACAACAAAGGGGGUGACCCAAAGACUGACAGCAGCCCAACAGCACUGGAGUUGGACAGCAGUGGUGAUAUGAACUUGUACGGUCAACUGGAGAGGUUUUAAUUCACUCUUCCCAAGCUUCCUGUGUGAGCAGUUAUGCAGUACGACAAAUAUGAACUCACCCCAAUUUGUUGUUCUUAUCUUGUUCAGUCCCCCUCCAAAAAAUCCUUAUUUUAACUCUUUCUCUAAAGCAGACAGAGCCAGCCUUUAUUUGUUUGUGACAUAUUUUAUGCAUACUUUCAAUUAUAUCUGCAAAACCAUCAGUUAAUGUGUAUGCUGUUCUUGUACUGAAAGCUAUAUUUGCAUAUCCGUUUGUAUCCGUUUCAAUACUGUAGCUCAUUGAAAAGUGUGAAUUUUACCACACUAGGGCCUUACUGGUCAGCUCGGAUCAGGUCUGACCUGGUUGCUGCCCACGUGUGAUUGAUCAGUGCAGGGGCUCCAGAUGUUGCGGGCCAGGCUGUGUGGGAGGCUCCGGAGCUGAGACAAAACGCAAGAAAUGUCAAAGGUCAUAUUCUGGAUAAGUCGAGUCGCACAGAUCUGAUCCAUGCAGUGAGCCCCUCCCCGCAUUGUGUUUUUUUUGGGUAUUACAGAGUUGGCUCCUGUGCUGCCAUUGUUACUGCCUGGUGGUGUUCAGGGGUUUGCCUAAUCAAGCUCACAGCUUCGUCUUCUAUGUGCCAUUUUGCAAAUCGUUCUCAUGACUUAUUGCAUUAAAUAAUUUGUGUUCUUUUUUGCAUUUGUUCUUUCCUGUGUUUUGUUUUGUUCCCCCCCCCUCAACCACCCUUUUAACCCCACCCCCUCCUCGUCUCAGUUCCUUCUUAUCUUAUUGAUUCUGGUUGUUUUUGUUUUAGAGAUCUUUUUAUGCCUUACACAGGCAGUAUGUUAGGGAAAUAAUUUAUGUUUGGAAGAUGUAAAUAUCUUUGCUUUGUUUUUUCUUUAUAAAUGUAAGAUGACACUGUCCCAACCUGUCCCGGUGUAGAUGAAUGGUAGAGUGGUUGGAUUAGUUUGUUUUAAUGCAGUGUGACACGCAUGCACACAAAACUCACAGGGCAAGCUGACUGGGCCAGGACUGAUGUGCUCCACCAUUCAGGUUUCUGCGCUCUCCUAUCAGUACUCAAAGAUGACACCCCCCCCCCCUUGUUCCCCCUCCCCCUGGUCAUCUUCAUGAGUACUGGACCAAGAUCCUAAUUUUUUUAUUUUUUUUUUUAAGUCCAUGGUGGGCAGCCAUCAUUGUUUCUCUCAGACCAUCCUAUGCAGAGCUCCAUGUGCACACAGCAAGAGGCCCUUGUUAUGUGGAAGUUUCCCCACCCCCAAGUGUUAAGAGACUGAGAUGGUGAUGGUAUUGAUGGUGGCGAUAACUGCCGGGCCUCAGUUCAUGGCUAGUACUCGCUGCCCCUCUGGUUUACACUGUAGUGCUACCUUUUAAGUCAGUGAAUUAGGAGUAUUUAUGAUUGUGAAUAAGGGAAAAGCUAGCAACACCACAAAGAAGCUGCUGUGGGGUUUUUUUUUUUCUUCUUUCGUUUUUUUUUUUCAGCCUUCUUUGCAUGGCCAUUCCCUUGGUGUGUAAAAGUGAGCUUUUACGCUGAUCACAAUGAGAAUGGAACACUUGCUCUACCUCUUAUUCCUUCACUCUAUUUGCCACCUCUUCACUGGGUGGGAAUGACAAACUUGAACUACGGACAGACAAAAAAAAUUAAUAAAUAAAUGCUUUAUUGUUCAGUAA